AUGAAAUCCUGGAGCAACUUACCAGAAGAAGUUUUGCUCAUAUUCAAUUCCAAUGAUAAUACAUCCUUCUUUGAAGACAGAAAAUUGCUAGAAAAAAAGGAUAUUUUUCAAUGUGAACUUGUCUGCAGAAAUUGGAAAUUGCCUGCACAAAGAACCAACUACAAAUCCUUGACUGUGAGUAGCCGUGAUACCAAAAACUUAAUAAACGCCCUGAAAAGUAGCCAAGAAUCACCCGGUAAAUUUGUUAAAGAGCUUAUUCUUCCUAAUUCAACGAACGGCUUGUGGAAGCAAUGUUUACCUGCUAUGGCCGACAUCUUUCCCUUCAUUGACACAUUGGAGGUGCAUGAACCAAACGAGGACUUUUACUCUACCUUGAUCUCCAUUAGCAGCGCAUCGAAAUGGAAAGGGCUAAAAAACUUUGAAUUCCCAAACAAUGAUUCAGAUCUUGGAAUGUACGCAUCUUGUGUUCAAAACUACCAGAGAAGUUUAGAACGCCUUUUGGUUUGUGACAAGAUCCAGCUCAUCCAUGCAAACGAGGGUGGCAUUAACAACGAACUUUAUUUCAGUCUACUUAAAGAACUCGGACAAUUUUCAAAGCUCAAAGAGUUAGUUAUCAAACGACAUGCUAAUGACUGUUUAGAAUCAUUUGACAAGAUCAUCGAAAAGUGCCAAAACUUGAGAAAAUUGGAUAUUGGAAUCUACCCGAAUUUGACAAUAGAAUAACAACCUCUGAAACAGACCUGUCUCGGAUUAAACCUCGGCCAGAUAUUAAAACACUUGACGGAUUGUUUGUUACAAGAUGAUAGCACCCUAUAUACAUUAUGCAUAAAUUUCCCUGCCUGCAGGAAUUGUUUAUCAAUCACAGUUGGCGAGAUGAUUCAGAAGAAAAUGACGGAUUGCAUAUGACAGUACCCAGAAUAACUGCCAAUAUUUUGACCAAAUUUAUAUCUUUCAUGACUCCAAUUUCUUCCUGUGCUAUAUCCAUUUGUAUCAAAAUACCUCUUGUUGUCGAUGCCCUUGAGGAAUAUACA